GUUACAUUCCAAAACGUCCGACAAGGCAUAUGAGUCAUGGAAGGAAAGCCGAGCAGGGGCCGUGGAGGGAGUUGGAGAAGAGGGGGCGGAGGUGGUGGUGGUGGAAAUGAAGCUGGAAGUUCAGGUGAACACAGGGGCCGAGGAAGAGGUGGAUACCGUGGACGAGGCAAAAGAGGUCAUUAUCGCGGCCACGGAGGUCCACAGGCUGCCUCGGCUAUCCACAGGGAUUUGGAGCAGCAUGACGAUAGUAAGAAUUUGGAAGAGGAGGAAAUAGAGGUGUUCUCUCGGAGAAAGUUGGAAUCUAAUUGGGAUCGAUACGAGGAGUCAGAAAAGGAGGCGCUAAAGGAAGAUGACACGCCUACACAGAGAGGCACAGACUUUCACAUCCUCCUGGAAUCUGCAGGGGACUCUUACUCUCAGUUCCGCUUUACUGAGGAGAAGGAGUGGGAGAUAGAUGCCUUGGCUGUCAAUCAGAUCGCUUCCAUGUUCUUGGACCUCCCGGCAUUGGUCCAGUCUCUCCAAGAACUGCCCCUGCACCAGAGACUGAACCUGGAUGCAGAUCUGGUCCAGGUAUCAACACCAGUGGAGCUGCCCAAUAUGAGCAUGGCACCCAAGCAGGACCUGGGAGUGUCAGGGGUGCUGAAGCCUCAAACCCCCACUCCCAAAGGCCCUGGUACAAGCCUGGGACUUUCCUCAGCGAUAAGCACAGCUUCCGGCAAUGUUCCCCAGGGUUCGUCCAACACAGUCGAGCCUCAGGCAGAAGAUAUUGAUGAAGAGUUGGACAGACUACUCAGUUUACAAACCCCGGUCUCCGAACCGUUAGAAGCUUUACCUGUCAGUGCAGAGGAGACGGAUUCCAUCCAAGACCAACCUAUACUUGAAAAGGAGGAGGAGCCUAUUGUAGAGGAGGCAUCUGCUUCUUCUAAGGCUGAGCCUGUCAAACAGGAAGUGACUGAGGAAGAUCUGGAGGACUGGCUGGACAGCAUGAUCUCCUAACCUUCAACUUCCAUCUGGUCAGCUCACAGGCUCUGGACCUGGACUAGUCCCUCCCACCCAAGUGUUUGGGUUUGUGUGGUAUAAUGGAGGGGGCAGUGUGACGACCCAGGUGACUGGGGACAAAGAUGGGACUUGGAGUUCCAGUCCAGAACACUGAGAUAAUGUUGGAUUCUUUUGGUGAAUGACUGGAUACAGUGUUUCUGUCCCUUGUGAAGAACUGCACUUAUCUUAUAGUGGAACAGCAGGCGUUUGAGAAUAAAGCUGGUUUAUUGCAUCGGUUA